AUGACAGAUAGGCUUACACAACUCCAGAUAUGUUUGGAUCAGCUCACUGAUAUGUUCUUCGCUUCCCUCACAUACGUGGAUCAGAACCACGAUUCGGUUAAACUCAAUGAAUCUGACCUCAAAAUGGUCAACCCAGACUACCACCCUGCAUCUCAGUUGGACUUUCAGUCUAGUCUUCAGGAAUUAUCCAGAGACAUAAUACUCAAAACGAGGCAGAUACUAACCAUAAUAGACACGCUACCCGGGGUGGGUGUUUCAAAGGAGGAGCAGCUGGCCAAGAUUCAAUUAUUAAGUCGAGAGCUUGAAGAAGUAGAAUUGCAGAAGAAAAAGGUGAUACUAAAAAAGGAUGAUCUCAUGAAAGUGGUAGAUAAACUGAUAUUACUAGUCAGUGAUGGAAUAGCUAUGACUAGGGAUUAA